ACCUUCCUUUCCAUUCUCGGAUUUGCCUCUACUUGACCACACCCACCACCAUCAAGACCCAAUUCUGUUCGACUCACCAUGAAGUUACUCUGGCUGCUCGCUGCGGGGCUACCAAUCGGGGCUCUGGCCAGUAGUGCGUCGUUGGGCCUCAAGGAAUCGUUGCUUGCUGAGAACAGACAACACACUGUCUCCUUCGCAUCACUGCCCUACGAUCUUCCAAGCAGCACCCUCAUUUCCGAGGGGAUGGCCACCUCGGCCAUAAAGAACCUCAAUACGAACGACUACGGGCACAUCGGGUGCACGGAAGCGAGCAAGUUUGAAGACAACGGCGAGGUUUCAGUCGUGUUGGCCUUCUCGAAGUGCCUAAACGACUCGGCUUUAGACGUCGUUGGCCAAUGGGUAAACCAAGUCAAGGCCACGAUCGCUAACAUCGCCUAUGUGGACAAUCUCAAGAUCACGUUCCAAUCCACAAUGGUACCCGGUGCAUGCGAAGAACGCAGUGAAAAGACAAAACAGGGUCUCGAAGACCCACACAUGGUAAACCAAGGGGGUGCACCAAAGCUACUAGCUGAUGGUGUACUUCCAAGCGACUUGGAGCGACUGGAAGCAUUCCCUACACUAGGAAACAUUGUCAACUUGGCCAACGACGACGUGAAACUUUCCGUCAAACCGAUAGCUGUCAUCUCCUUCGUGACUGGUGAGAAAUCUUACGGCGAAGUGGUGCAGUUUGAGGCGAGUGCACACGUGCCCAAGACUUUUAACUUCCAUAUCUGCAAGAGUGGAGCCAACUGUGGCGGCACAUUUAACAACUUCAUCGACCUGCCAGAAGUGGUAGAUCUGUUCAUGUACAACCCGUUCACGGUCACGCGGUCCUUGCAAUGCGCUGACUUGGACGACGGUGUUCCAGUCACGUACUUGGAUGACUAUGGCGCUCGUCAAUGCUUCUGCAACUGUCCUGCCGGCUACGAGAUCGGAGAGAACGAGUACGGCCAUGCUGCGUGUAAGAAGGUAGUGGAAGACACUUGUCCGUGUGUCUGGGCCGAGUGCAAUGGCUUCAAACACAAGGUUACUACGGAUGAACCGGUAUGUUCUUUUAAAGAGGUGGCUACAAAGUGGGGACUACCUGUUCCGUUCCCGACGGAUGGUUACGUUGCCGAUAAGCGUGAUACUUUGUCGGAAGGAUACAAAGACCCACGUAUUACUUUAACGGUAGAGCGUGAACAAGACGCGGAAUACAAGGGACGUGACAUUCGUGGAGCUGUGGGAGUGGGGGCGUCGUACCCACUAACUUUCCAAGAAGUGGUAGGACUCUACCCGAAAGCGUCGAGCUUUUCUCCAGUGGUGGCGGCUGGACAUGACACGACUACGCACCAUGAAGUGGUCACCUGGAAAGACUACCAGAUGAACCGUGAGGCCCAUAUUAAUGACUUGGAGUUUACAUCCUACGGGAAGUAUCACCUUAAAGUGAGCGCGUACGACUACUUCUCCAGUGCUACUUGUGAAGGUUGUCUGGUUAUCGUGGACUACAACCGACCGAAAGCCACUACAACGUGUCCUAAGAGCUUCUGCGACACGGCUGAUUCAGCUCAAUGCACGGAUUCAGCACAAUUAACAACCGACAAUUUAGAGAAGGCUGAUGGUCUUGUUAACCAGUACUUCGACUUCGCUAUUAAGGCUAAGAACGAUGCAUGUAGUGUCGACAAUCGGUGUGACUCUGAGUCAUUCAGUCGCCGUGAUUUCUUCGAGAAGGACUACACCGAGCACGACUGCAGCCAAGCUCAUCAAUGCUUCAACAAGGAUACAGUGUUGGAAGAUCUACUCGUGUCCACAAAGACCAAGACGAACCCUCUACUGGAAGAAGACAAUAGCUGCGAUAACACUGAUGCACCUGUGUCUAUUGGGCAGUGCACCAGGUGCUGCAAGAUGCACACUGCGCUUAAGGAAUGGUGGACGGACUAUCGUUGUGGCUCAGAUUACGACGCACGCAACUGCGAGGGUGACAGUGAUCAAACCUGUGACUUCAAGCAGUGUCUAGUGAUGAACGGCGAUACUUUGGCGACGGUGACUGCCUCAAUCACUGAGGAUGCCAAGAAAGAAUCAGAGUCUGUGUUGGCUCAGGUGGAGGACGAAGCGUACCAAACAGUGACGCAAAUUCAUCGCUCAUUGGACUGCACGUCUUUCGGUGGUACCGAUGGAGAGUGCGAGUUCAGAGCAAAGUUGUCGGAGCUUAUCGAGACGACGGAGACGCUCAAUGUCGCCUCAACUUACAGUUCUGGCCAGGCUACAGACUAUGUCUUCUGGCGGUACAAACUCGUCUCAGACGGUGAAUCCUGGCAGUUGUGGAAGACUGGCAAACAAGAGAACUACGGAGAAGUGACGUACGAUAACGACGACGUGCUGACGUUCGCGAACCCGGAGACGAAGAUCACUAUCGAAGCCUGGACGCAGUGCGGUCUAGUCCGUCGCUUCUUCUUCUACGUACACCUUCACGUCAACAGUCCCGUGAGUGUGUGUGAAAAGUUCAACGACAUGUGGUACCAGACGUCCGUGUCGAGACUACCGAUCGGCUCUGGCAUGUGCGCCUACCCUGGUAGUGACUUUGCCGAGCUGACGUUCGACUUCCACCCGAACGCUGGUCUUCAGUAUUCUCGUGAGGAAUUGAGGAUGAAGGUGUCCAAGGUUGAGUGCACAGGAGCUCUGGAAGGCCGUAAGCCGAUUGAUAUCUUGAGUGUGACUCAAGACUCCCCUGAAAUCGUGACCCGGUUCGCUGUCGCGAUGCUGAACAAAGCCACAACUGAAGCCGCGACGGAUUUCCACGUGGAGUGUGUGUUCACGUACGCUAAGUACAGUGGAGCGUCUGCCACCGAGACGUGCAAGCGUGACUUCUCCAUUUCAGACUGUAAGGGUCCAGCGUUUGAUACACCGAACUCUGUGUGUGAGUAUGAAGCGUGUGCUGGUCAAGAUGAGGCUGGACUGUAUGAGGCAUGUGGCGGCACUGUAGUGAAGGCUGAUGAUAAGUGCACUAUCGUAGAGACUGGAGAGAAGCCAUGUUGCCAGGGAUGUGAGAACACGGAGGUCACGUGUGUAGCUCUUCUGGAUCUGCCGAAUACCAACGCAGAUAUCAUGCGGUGUGAACCGAGCGGAGGCGGUGGUGCCUACUCGAGUCCUAGUACCAGCUACGGUGCUGUGCUGUUAACGGAAACAGUGCAAGAACACCCUGCCGCCACGGCUUUGCUCGGAGCCACCGCGUUGAUCGCUGUGGUGGCGCUGGUUGUCGUUCGACGCCGGACAGUUGCUGCACAUUCGGCUCAAACAGUCGACGAUGCCUAUUAUCCGCUGCUUCACUAGACUUGACUGUUUUCAGGCAUACGCUAUUGGGAAUUUGGGUCGAUUUGUUUUGCUUCCUCGCUUUGCUGCGCUAUCAUCCCAAUGAACACAGUGAUAAGCGAGAUAUCAAAUUUGAAUGCACAUGUUUGGAAAUACUUGAUUGUCUGAGGAGGCCUCGACUUCCGGCCUGGUGUAAGGUCUUAAGAGAACUCAAAGUGCGCGUCAAAUUUGGUGCUUAGAGAGGGUAGACGGUCAAGAGACGUCUGCCUCAAACAUAGAGGAAAUCGUUAAGCUCGAUUGGAAUGUACCUCGCUGACAAAUGAAUGAAAAACUUGAUUGUAAUGGAGAACAUUUUUAUUGUUCGUAUGGACACUAGGAGCAUUGUUUUCUUGAGUAAAGCAAAGAAGAGAAUCACAU